AUUGCCAUCUCACCUGGCAGGAUUGCUUCCUCUGGGCCUGAUGGCUGAAUUCUACAGUCAGGAAAUCCUGCAGAAAUUUUCAGGAUACUGUUAUUAACUCCUGGAGAAAACAUGCAAAGAAAAUCUUCCUUCUCUCCUCUACCCUUUCCACCUGGGCUGCGCCUAGCAGAUGCACUGAGAAGUAACAGAACACCCGCCCAUCAUGUCGCAGAAUAGAUUCCUGGAGGAUACAGGCUACUUCAAGUGUGACACCGAUGAUAACUCUGAAACUCGUGAGAGCCUGGGGGAUGAGGUCUUCGACACGGUCAACUCCUCCAUUGUGUCUGCUGAGAGCAUCCGUUUUUUUGUCAACGUCAACCUGGAGGUGCCGCCCACCCAGGCUGCUGACAGUGAAUCGUCCGGCGGCUGCGGGCUCCUGCACACCUCCCGAAAGUACCUGAAGUUAAAGAACUUCGAGGAAGAGAUCCGGGCGCACCGUGACCUAGACGGCUUCCUGGCCCGGGCCAGCAUCAUCCUGAACGAGACAGCCACCUUGCUGGACGACGUGCUGCGGGCCAUGCUGCACCGCUUAGCCCACGACCCCCACAACACCGAGCCCAACUGGAACCUGGACCUGCUCAUGGCCAUCCUCUUCACAGACGCCGGGACCCCCAUGGGGGGUAAAGUCCACCUGCUGUCGGAAACCAUCCAAGGCGUCACUGCCACUGUCACGGGGUUGCAAUACCAGCAGUCGUGGCUCUGCAUCACCUGUACCUCCAAGGCCCUGGUGAAGCGGCACGUGUGCAUCAGCCGCCUGGUUCGCCCGCAGAACUGGGGGGAGAAUUCCUGCGAGGUGCGCUUCGUCAUUCUGGUGCUCACCCCGCCCAAGAUGAAAAGCACCAAGACUGCGUCAGAAGUGGGGCGCACCUUCGCCACCAUGUUUUUGGACAUCACCUUCCGCCAGAAGCUCCUAACAACCCGCACAGAGGAAGAAUUCAAGGAGGCCCUGGUACAUCAGAGACACCUGCUGUCCCGGGUGAGCCAGUGUCCAAUGACGGUACCCAGUAUGAACUCCAGCUGCGUGCAAAGACCCCUUCAGCCCCCACAGCACAAGGAUUUUCUUCCCGUGGGGAAGGGCAUCCGGGAGGACAUUGCCCGCAGGCUUCCUGUGUACCCGCUGGACUUCACUGAUGGCAUUAUCGGGAAGAACAAGAGUGUGGGUAAAUACAUCACCACCACCCUGUUCCUCUACUUCGCCUGCCUCCUGCCCACAAUCGCUUUUGGGUCCCUCAAUGAUGAGAACACUAACGGGGCCAUCGAUGUGCAGAAGACCAUCGCUGGGCAGAGCAUUGGUGGCCUCUUGUAUGCACUCUUCUCCGGGCAGCCGCUGGUCGUGCUGUUGACCACCGCACCCCUGGCCCUCUACAUCCAAGUGAUCCGUGGCAUCUGUGACGACUACCAUCUGGACUUCAAUGCCUUCUAUGCAUGGACGGGCCUGUGGAACAGUUUCUUCCUCACGCUUUAUGCCCUCUUUAACCUCAGCCUGGUCAUGAGUCUCUUCAAGAGGUCGACGGAGGAGAUCAUUGCCCUGUUUAUUUCCAUCACAUUCGUGCUGGAUGCUGUCAAGGGCAUGGUCAAAAGGCCCCUCCACCCACAUCCAGGAGGAAACUGGGCGCAGCCUUGCACAGCCCAGAUGGCUGAGGCCUGUUGGCCUGUAUCCACAGUCUUCCAGAAGUACUACUAUGGCCCUAACACUGGGAACUACCAUGCAGAAAGCACUUCCCUGGUCAGCCUGCUGGGCCUCAACACCAGCCUCCACACUUCCCUCAACACCAGCCUCCUGGCCAGCCCGAUGGAGCUGACCCCAGGAAGCAGCCAUCCUGAGAACGCAGGCCGAGAGACUGCAGUGCUCAGCCUCUUCAUCAUGCUGGGCACACUGUGGCUGGGCUACACCCUCUACCAAUUCAAGAAGAGCCCCUACCUGCACCCCUACAUGCGUGAGAUCCUGUCAGACUGCGCCCUGCCCAUCUCGGUGCUCAUCUUCUCCCUCAUCUGCUCCUACGGCUUCCGGGAAAUUAAGAUGAGCAAGUUCCGCUACAACCCCAGCAAGAGCCUGUUUGAGAUGGCCCAGAUGCACUCGCUGUCCCUGGCGGCCAUUGGUGGUGCCAUGGGCCUUGGCUUCCUGCUCUCCUUGCUCUUCUUCAUUGAGCAGAACCUGGUGGCCGCCUUGGCUAAUGCACCAGAGAACAGGCUGGUGAAAGGCACUGCCUACCACUGGGACCUCCUGCUCAUCGCCAUCAUCAACACGGGGCUGUCUCUGUUUGGGCUGCCCUGGAUCCACGCUGCCUACCCCCACUCCCCGCUGCAUGUGCGGUUACUGGCUUUGGUGGAGGAGCGUGUGGAGAACGGGCACAUUUAUGAGACCAUCGUGAGUGUGAAGGAGACACGGCUGACCACACUGGGCGCCAGCAUCCUGGUGGGCUUCUCCCUCCUGCUGCUGCCCUUCCCGCUGCAGUGGAUCCCCAAGCCGGUGCUCUACGGCCUCUUCCUCUACAUCGCAUUUACCUCCAUCGACGGCAACCAGCUCUUUGAGCGUAUGGCCCUGCUACUCAAGGAGCAGACUUCAUACCCACCCACCCACUACAUCCGGCACGUGCCCCAGAGGAAGAUCCACUACUUCACGGGCCUACAGAUCCUGCAGCUACUGCUGCUCUGUGCCUUCGGCGUGAGCAGCCUGCCCUACAUGAAGAUGAUCUUCCCCCUCAUCAUGAUUGCCAUGAUCCCCAUCCGCUACAAGCUGCUGCCCCAAAUCAUUGAAGCCAAAUACUUGGACGCCAUGGAUGCUGAGCACUGAGACCCUGACUGGCAGGCCUUGGCCACAUCUGCCCCCCUGUCCCUCGGGCCCUUCCCAGGCUGGCGCUAUGACUAUGUGUGUGGAGGGGGUGACUGUCUUUGGGGUGUUGCCCUGUGCUGUGCCCCUUCACAGUUCCUGAUCGGCCUAGGGCAUCUGGGCGUUGUGGGGGUUAAGUUGUAUGUCCAUCCCUCUCCCCUAGCUUUGGGCUAAGAACACUGUUCAGGGCAGCUUCUGCCCAGGGUGGGGCUAAACAGGACGGAUUUUCUUUUGAUAAAAGAGAUGCCUGAGAGAGAAACCAUUUCCUUGAUUGUGUAAGGAACUCGCUGUAUGCACAUUAGAGAAUAAAGCUUCUGUCUCUACGCUCCUGUCUCU